AUGCGUCACGCGGGCUUUGUCGUUGGCGUUGCUGCUGCCCUGGCGGGGACUGCGGCGGCGGGAUUGUAUCCUGGCAUGACGCCCGACAAUCAUACGUGCGCGAUUGUCGAGCCGGUACUCUCGUGCUCCUGCGAGGCCGCGCUGGACAAGGUUAAGGAUACUUGCUGCACGGAGACGUACGGCGGGCUGCUGGUGGCCACUCAACUAUGGAGCACCUUCACGGGCCUCGAGAGCCACGGCCAACUCUAUCCCAAACACGCCUGGGGCAUUCACGGUCUUUGGCCCGAUUUCUGCAACGGUUCGUAUACCCAGUACUGCGACCUGAGCCGCCAGUAUGACCCCAAGCCAUCCCCCAACACCACGAACAACAAGCCCGGGGGCACCCCCGUCCCGGCGUACAGGGGCGAGCCCAUCGACCAGUGGUUCGGGCCCUACGGCAAGCUCGAUCUCCUGGCCUACAUGAACAGGUACUGGGUCAGCCAGUCGGACCCCAACUGGGUAUUUUGGGCGCACGAGUUCUCCAAGCACGCGACGUGCUACUCAACCUUUCAAGCGGAAUGCUACGGCCCCAAAGCUGCCCAGCACAGCGACCUGUUCGACUUCUUCGAGACAGUCAUCACCUGGCAGCGCAGACUGCCCACAUUCCGCUGGCUGGCCGACGCGGGUAUCCGGCCGUCCAACAGCACAGGCUACACCGUGUCCGAGGUGCAGGCGGCGCUGACGGAGAGGUUUGGCCACCCGCCGUUUAUCGGCUGCGGGGGACCCAGGUUCAACGAGACCGAGGCCGGUAGGGGAUCGGCGGACAAUGGGCGCACGGUGCUCAACGAGGUGUGGUACUACUACCAUGUGCGCGGGACGCCUCAGCGCGCCGAGGGAAGGAAGCUGGACGCGGCAGCCGCGGGGGGCAGAUUAACGACGUGCGCCACGGCCGAGGGAGCGGUCAAGUAUUAUGAGCGGACGGAGGGAAGUGAGAAUUAG